AUGCCAGAUACUAGAACAACUCGCAAUUUGAAACAUACAUCUAUUCACGAUCAUUUAUUAAAUAAUACAGCGUGCACAUAUUCAACAAUUGAUCAUACUUCGGAAAAAAACAUGCUCGAUACUAAACAUUUAUCAACUACUUCUGCUAAUACACUACACCACGAUCAAAAAAUUUUAACUAAUAAUGAUGAUCAACAUUUAUUAAUUGAACCAUCAAAUGGCUCAAUGCUUUCCAUUGACAACAAUCAACAAAAAUUCGCACGAAUACCAUCGCGUGUUAAUCAAUAUUCAUCGGCUCAAACCACAGGUGACACAUGUCAACAUAUGAUGAAAAAUGCAAUUAAAUCAUCAACAAUACAUCUUAAACAGGACACUGUGGAUAACUUUGUAACAUUCUCAGGAAAAAAAGGUGAAGAUGCAGGAAAGUGGCUAGAUCAUAUUUUUGAAGUGAUUGAACAACAAGAAUUAACACUAAGUGAACAACGUGAUAUAGCUGCAAGAAGAUUAACUGAUGAUGCUUUAUUAUGGUAUCGUCUUAAUCGUUUACAAAUGCCUGAUAUGCAAUGUUUUAUUCAACACUUUUUACUCACUUAUAAUCCACCGCAUGCAAAAUUUCCGACUACUGAUGCAAUCUCCACAGAUGUUCAUAAUACAUUAACGGAAGAGGUACUGGCAGACAAAGAUUCAGACGAAAUUCAUGAUAAUACAACGAAGUCGAACAUUACGGAAAACCAUUAUUUGGAAUCAUCAUGUCGAUCGACAUCACCUCUACAAGUGUUACAAUCAGCUAGGAAUGAAAAGGUUAAACUUUUCCCAAACUUUUCUGGCUCUGAAAACUUCUUAAAUUGGUUAAAACACUUACAACAAAUGGGUAAAUCACUUAAAUUAAAUGAACACCAAAUAUAUCAAUUGACAAUAAUAAAAUUAAGUGGUCCUGCUCACGAAUGGUUUUAUGAUCAAGAUGAAAUUGAUAAUUGGUCUUCUUUCAAAGGGACUUUCUUAUACGCUUUUCCACCACCAAUUCAACCAACCAACAUUGACUAUUUAGCUCAAUUGCUAGCACGCAAACAAGGUGAAACAGAACCAGUUGGCAAAUUUGUACAAGACAUCAAUCGUCUAUGCCUUAAAUUGGAUAAUAAGAUCAGUGAGCAAGACAAACUUCAAUAUCUUAGAAGAGGUCUUCGUCCACAACUCCAGCAUUAUGCAUUAUCGAUUAACUCAUUGCAAGAUCUUCUUACCGUAAUGCAACGACAUGAACAGAUAGAAAAAUAA